AUGGCUAGAGAGAAAAUAUUUUACUCGUAUACUCGAAACAUCAAUGGAUUUGGUGCUGUUCUAGAUGAGAAAGAAGCAGCAGAUAUAGCAAAACAUCCGAAAGUCGUGUCGGUUUUCUUGAACAGAGGACGGAAGUUGCAUACAACACGAUCGUGGGAUUUCCUCCGGUUAGAGAGGGAUGGAGUUAUCCCUACUGAUUCUCUUUGGAAAAGGUCAAGUUUUGGUGCAGAUGUUGUUAUAGGAAAUCUUGAUACAGGCGUUUGGCCGGAAUCGAAGAGCUUUAGUGAUGAAGGAAUGGAGCAGAUUCCAUUGAAGUGGCGAGGAUCGUGUCACCGUGAUACCGAUGACGGAGUUGUUUGCAACAGGAAGUUGAUCGGGGCGAGGUACUUUAACAAAGGUUAUAAGGCUUACCUUGGUGGGAAACUCAAUGACACUUUCAAAACAGCACGGGACACCGUCGGCCAUGGUUCACACACCCUAUCGACAGCCGGAGGCAACUUUGUUGCCGGAGCUAAUGUAUUCGGUUACGGUAAUGGAACUGCAAAAGGAGGAUCCCCGGGUGCCCGUGUGGCGGCUUAUAAAGUAUGCUGGCCCCCUGUCAAUGGUCAAGAGUGCUUUGAUGCAGACAUCAUGGCUGGCUUUGAUGCUGCGAUAAGCGAUGGUGUUGAUGUGCUUUCUGUGUCAUUGGGUGGAGAUCCAUCCGAAUUUUUUGAAGACGGGCUCUCGAUCGGAGCUUUCCAUGCUGUCAUGAACGGCAUUUCUGUUGUUUUGUCUGCUGGAAAUUCCGGGCCAAGUCCAGGCAGUGUAUCGAAUAUCGCUCCAUGGAUGUUCACCAUUGGUGCUAGCACACUCGAUCGGGAGUUCGUAAGUUACGUUGAGCUAGGAAACAGCAAGCAAAUCAAGGGACAAAGUUUGUCGUCUGCAACCUUGUCACGUAGGACUUCGUAUCCAUUGAUCAGUUCUGAAAAGGCGAAAGCGGCCAAUGCAUCAGUGGAAGACGCAAUCCUGUGUCAGCCUGGAUCAAUUGAUCCCAGAAAGGCCAAGGGGAAGAUAUUAGUUUGUCUCCGAGGAGGCAUCGGAAGAAUGGACAAGGGAAAGCAGGCUCUUCUUGCGGGUGCGGUCGGAAUGAUUCUUGCAAACGAUGAGCCAAGCGGCAACCAACUUAUAGCAGAUGCACACUUUCUGCCUGCAACACACAUAAAUUACACCGAUGGUAGAAAUGUGCUUGAAUACAUCAACUCAUCCAAGAAUCCCACAGCAUACAUUACUCCGGUGGAGACGGAAACGAGUAUAAAACCAGCUCCGUCCAUGGCUUCUUUCUCUUCUAGGGGACCUAAUAUGAUCGAGCCAUCGAUCCUCAAGCCUGAUGCAACUGCACCAGGAGUGAACAUCAUUGCUGCUUUCUCCGAAUCAACCGGGCCGAUCGAAGAUGAAUCCGACAAGCGUAGGGUACCUUUUGCUUUACAAUCAGGAACUUCCAUGUCAUGUCCUCAUGUUUCCGGUAUCAUCGGCCUUCUCAAGAGCCUACACCCCGAUUGGAGUGCUGCAGCUAUAAAAUCCGCGAUCAUGACCACCGCAAGAACAAGAGACAACACGAAAAAGCCAAUGCUCGAUUCAAACAACAAGAAAGCAACCCCGUUCGAUUAUGGUUCGGGGCAGGUGAGACCGAACCGUGCAAUGGAUCCCGGUCUUGUUUACGACUUAACGACCGAAGAUUACUUGAACUUCUUGUGUGCCCGAGGCUACAAUCAAACCACCAUAAGACUAUUUUCGGGCAAGCCAUUUGUUUGUCCCAAGUCGUCUAGUGUGAUGGACUUAAACUACCCUUCCAUUGCAGUUCAUGAGCUCAAUGGUACGGUGACGGUUAGCAGUACGGUUAAGAACGUCGGUCCUGCAAGGUCGACGUAUAAAGCACGUGUCAGGUCACCGGCCGGAGUUAUGAUCUCGGUUAAUCCUUCGAUUUUAGAGUUCGAAAAGAAUGGUGAAGAGAAGAGGUUCGAAGUGAAAAUCGAGUCGAACAGUGAUGUACAAUCUCAAGAGUAUGCAUUUGGGGAGUUGCUUUGGUCUGAUGGCAAACACAAUGUGAGGAGUCCAAUCGUGUUCAUGUAUUAA